CAGUCCUAAGAAACAUUUUCAAUAGGGUCUUUAUUUUGUGUUGUAAGCGAUGAGAUACGGGCCUAUUAGAUCUGAUCGCGGCAAGCGCAAAGCCAGGUCACUUAUUCAGCUUUGAUAAACAUUUAGUUUGUGCACGGCUGGCUGGUAAUGGAGUGAAGAUGGUUGAGACUUUCUUUGUGGGAACAAGCCACGACUCAACAAGAACCAGUGACAGGAAAUAUAGACGGCAAGAGAAUAAUUGACAGGACAUACAGACAACAAGAAACAUUGACAGGAAAUAUAGGCAACAAGAAUCAUUGACAGGAUAUAUAGACCGGAAGAUGUCACGAAUUAGUGAUUUCAUCAAAUGGAGGGAUAACUCAAGAUGCAGGUACGAACAUGUUGUUGGUUCUGUCCCCUAUUUUGUAAAAUAUUUAUAUCGAAAACUCCCUCCACACUUAAAAGUCAUGUUUGUGAUUGGUUAAUAUGUCUCUUUAAUUAUAAUUAAUUUAUAGAGAAUUUUAAUAUAACUAGUUUACAGAGAAAUUUAUUAUAACAAAGUGAUAGAGGAAUUAAUUAUAGCCACUUAAAAGAGAAAUUAAUUAUGAUAGGGUUUCUUUACGAGAAGUUAAUUAAAAUUAGACUUAAAGAGAAAUUAAUGAUACAACUUUAUAGAGAAAUCCCUGAUAACAAAUUUAUACAGAAUUUUUAUAGCAAUCUUAUAAAGAUAUUAAUGAUAAUAAUAUUAUAGAGAAAUAGAUCGUCAGGAAGUCAUAGUAAAAAAAAUGCUGUAGGAAAAAAAUAUUUAAAAAAUUAUGAAAAGGUCUCAUGCCAGGCCGGCAAAGGGACAUCACUUGUUUGUGCUUGGAUAUUCUGACAAAUCUGUUUCGAAAAAUAAAUUUGAAAAUAAAAAUCUAAAUCAGACACCAACGAAUUUUAGCUGGAUGCUCUUUAAAAUGAUCUUUUUAAGGUACCAACACAAUUGUUUAGGAUCACUCGUGAGGCGAUCUGGGUCACAACUUGUAUCUAUAUUAGGCACAUUCAUCUUUUUGCAAUUACUGGUGUUGUUGUAUUAAAUCAAAUCAGACACAGUUGUUUGCAAUACACUGUGGUAUUAGAUCAAAUCAGACACAGUUGUUUGCAAUACACUGUGACAUUAGAUCAAAUCAGACACAGUUGUUUGCAAUGCACUGUGUUGCAAUGUUAGUUACAAACAUACAAACUUGUAUCUGAAUCAGUGGCGCCACCUGCAUGGUCCCAGACAGCGGCGUAACUAUGUAUCCCAGGGACUAAACAAACAUUGCACUCCCUCUUCCAUGGAACCAUAGCAAUCCUAAGGUUUAUUCCAACAACAGUCUCUUACCAUACUCUUACCAUACUCUUACCAUACUCCGUAAUGUGCCACAAAUGAGUCUCCAUUACAGUAUCCUUCCUUAGCUCCCCUUUCUCUCUCACUAAUCCUUUCUUAGCUCCCUUUUCUCUCUUCCUAAUCCUUCCUUAGCUCCACUUCUCUCUCCCUAAGCUUUCCUUAGCCCUCAUUUUUCUCCCUAAUCUUUCCUUAGCUCCCCUUUCUCUCCUUAAUCUUUUCUUAGCACCCCUUUCUCUCCCUAAUCUUUCCUUAGCUCCCCUUUCUCUCCUUAAUCUUUUCUUAGCACCCCUUUCUCUCCCGUAUCUUUCCUUAGCGCCCCUUUCUCUCCCUAAUCUUUUCUUAGCACCCCUAACUCUCCCUAAUCAUUCCUUAGCUCCCCUUUCUCUCCCUAAUCAUUCCUUAUCUCCCCUUUCUCUCCCUAAUCAUUCCUUAGCUCCCUUUUCUCUCCCCAACAGGUACUUACAUUUAUACGACGAUGGCUGUUUCUGUUCGGAGACAUAUCAGAUUAGUCAGUGUCGUAGCUGAGGUUAGUAUCACCCGGGGUGGGCGGGGUUGGGGGUGGGGGUGAAACUUAUUUCCGCCUCCUUUCAUGACAUAACCAUUAACUGCUAGACGGUAAUGCCGCCAGCCAACACGUCAUUCCUUCGCCCGUUUUAACUAACAACUUUAUGAAUACGACCGACUGAAGUAUAUAAUAAAUCUGUUAAUCUAUGAAGAGUUGUCCCACUUGACAAAGUCUGAAAGUGGCUGUUUUUUGAGGCACUUACCUAAAGAAUUGUUAGUUUCCGCCCUCAAGACAGUGUGUUUACUAAAAAAAUAAACUUGAUUUUGCUUCAAAGUCAUUUAGAAUGAAAUUUUCUCGUGGAUGUAGUUAGCUCAAGGAAGACGUGUUAAACUGAUAACGACCAGCGUCGAUGUCCUCACAUAGAGUCAGAGAAACAUCAUCAAAAAGAAACAGUCCUCAAAUGGACAGUAAAACAUGAUGUGAAAGAAACUGUCCUCACAUAGAAAGAGAGAAACAUAAUCUGAAAGAAACAGUCUUCACACAGAAACAGAGAAACAUAAACAGAAAGAAACAGUCCUCACCUAGAAAGUGAAACAUAAUCAGAAAGAAACAGUCCUCACCUAGACAGUGAAACAUAAUCAGAAACAAACAGUCCUAACAAAGAAACAUAAUCAGAAAGAAACAGUUCUCCCAUAAAGACAAUGAAACUUAAUCAGAAAGAAACAGUCCUCACUUGGAGACAGAUAAACAUAAUUGGAAAGAAACAGUCCUCAAGUAAAAACAUAAUCAGAAAUAAACAGUCCUCACAUAGAAACUUAAUUUAAAAAAUGAUCAAUUUUAAAAGAAAAUGAUAACAUGAUUUUCUUAUUCUUAAAAAAAAAUAUACCGGGUAAAUAUUUAUUGUUAACAUGUCAGCCUCUACCCACAAACCCCCAAGAUCGACUUGUAAGUACAGAUCAGCACCGGUCAUUCUCUGAUUAUAGAACCUAGAUUUUACUGCUCGCCAGAUCAGUUGACCCUUCCUCCAAAUGAGUUGAACCUUCCCCCAAAUGAGUUGACCCUUCCCCCAAAUGAGUUGACCCUUCCUCCACAUGAGUUGACCCUUCCUCCAAAUGAGUUGACCCUUCCUCCGUGUGAGUUGACCCUUCCUCCAAAUGAGUUGACCCUUCCUCCAAAUGAGUUGACCCUUCCUCCGUGUGAGUUGACCCUUCCUCCGUGUGAGUUGACCCUUCCUCCAAAUGAGUUGAGCCUUCCUCCAAAUGAGUUGACCCUUCCUCCAAAUGAUUUGACCCUUCCUCCAAAUGAGUUGAUCCUUCCUCCAAAUGAGUUGACCCUUCCUCCAAAUGAGUUGACCCAUUCUCUAAAUGAACUGACCCAUUUUCCAGGCCGCAACCCAUUUGUGAAACACAAAUAACUUUUGUUUAGCUUAAAAUGGUUCUAUUUUCUUAUAAUCCUUUAUAUUUUUUCUAUGAGUCUCUGUUUAAUAUAGCUGUCUAUGUAUAUCAAGCUUGUCUAUGUUUAUAUAGCUUGUCUAUCUUUAUAUAGCUUGUCUAUGUUUAUAUAGCUUGUCUAUGUUUAUAUAGCUUGUCUAUCUUUAUAUAGCUUGUCUAUGUUUAUAUAGCUUGUCUAUGUUUAUAUAGCAUGUCUAUCUUUAUAUAGCUGUCUGUGUUUAUAUAGCUUGUCUAUGUUUAUAUAGCUUGUCUAUGUAUCUUGUAUUUUCUUUUUGUUACACUUUAUGUCUGUUUUCAUUUCUUGUCUAUCCUUAUAUAUUAUCUUGUCUCUGUUUAGUUCUAUGAUCUAUUUGUAUAUUUUUCCAAGUGGGUCUCAAUCAAUUAGUGAAGGUUUUAAUAUUAAUUUAUCGUAGGGCGUCGAGUUUCAUUUAUAAAAGGCGUUAUGAACAAUCUCAAUACGUGAUUAACUCUAGGUGACAGGGAACAACUCUGUACCCUGACAGUCUUAUGCUCAGGAAGAACCAGAAGUUUUUAAGUACACUUUGCAUAGUCUAAGAUGUUAAAACUUGUCUCCUAUAUUAUACCAUUAGCCAAAUUUAUACUCGUCUGAAAAACCGAUCAUUUUCAAUAUUUGGCUACGUCACAAGACAACAAGGGGAGAAAAUCGAUAACCUAAAGUCUAGGUUUUUUUGGGGUUUUUUUUGUAUUGAACUUUUUUUGUGUCUAACGUUCGCUCCCUUGUCGGUAGUCGAGUAUUGACUAUAAAAGUGUAGUGCCCCUUUAUCACCCUUUGUUUAUUGUCGUUGUAAGCUCCUUAGCAUUGAUGUACAUCACGUGCGGCGUUGAGAAUAGGUCACGUGACCCGCCAAGAUAAUCACUAAGUAUGCGUUUACGCAUUGCAGUAGGAGGGCGCCUCGUACAAAAUCUGUCAUUGGACACGACAACUUAAUGACUAAGCAUAUGUUUAUGUAGGGCACGGGGGGGGGGGUGGCGUUGAUAAUGUUUAUAUGAGCACAAGAUGUUGUAUCUACGUUUAAUAUGGUGUCAGUUGUUUUGAUUGUUGCACAUAUCUUUUGCCUGAAACUAUACAACUGAUUAUACUUAUUUCUUUCAGAAAAUCAUUUUGGCAUUGCGAUAUCGUGGUCACAUCAGCUUAGCUUGGUGACGUCGUUGUCACAUCAGCUUUGUUUGAUGACGUCGUUGUCACAUCAGCUUACCUUGGUGACAUUGUUGUCACAUCAGCUUAGCUUGGUGACGAUGUUGGCGCAUCAGCUUACCUUGGUGACGAUGUUGUCACAUCAGCUUAGCUUGGUGACAUUCUUGUCACAUCAGCUUAGCGUGAUGACUUUGUUGUCACAUCAGCUUAGCUUGGUGACGUUGUUGUCACAUCAGCUUACCUUGGUAACGUCGUUGUCACAUCAGCUUAGUUUGGUGACGUUGUUGUCACAUCAGCUUAGCCUGGUGACGGUGUUGUCACAUCAACUUAGCCUGGUGACGUAGUUGUCACAUCAUCUUAGUUUGGUGACGUAGUUGUCAAAUCAGCUUAGCUUGGUGAGUUGUUGUCACAUCAGCUUAGCUUUGUGACGUUGUUGUCACAUCAGCUUAGCCUGGUGACGUAGUUGUCAAUCAUCUUAGCUUGUGACGUUGUUGUCAAAUCAGCUUAGCUUGGUGACGUUGUUGUCACAUCAGCUUAGCUUGGUGACGUUGUUGUCACAUCAGCUUACCUUGGUAACGUCGUUGUCACAUCAGCUUAGUUUGGUGACGUGUUUGUCACAUCAGCUUAGCCUGGUGACGGUGUUGUCACAUCAACUUAGCCUGGUGACGUAGUUGUCACAUCAUCUUAGCUUGGUGACGUAGUUGUCAAAUCAGCUUAGCUUGGUGAGUUGUUGUCACAUCAGCUUAGCUUUGUGACGUUGUUGUCACAUCAGCUUAGCCUGGUGACGUAGUUGUCAAUCAUCUUAGCUUGUGACGUUGUUGUCAAAUCAGCUUAGCUUGGUGACGUUGUUGUCACAUCAGCUUAUCUUAGUGACGUUGUUGUCACAUCAGCUUAGCCUGGUGACGUUGUUAUCACAUCAGCUUAGCCUGGGGACGUAGUUGUCACAUCAUCUUAGCUUGGUGACGUAGUUGUCAUUUCAAAGCGUUUACCUUGGUGAAUAAUUUCUAAAAAUUUUUGGAUUCAACUUGAAUUUUUCUAUUUGAUCACGUGUUCGUGUUCAAUGCAAUUAAUGAAAACAAAACGUUUGACAUUUCUCUCAACCCGACCAUUUAGGUUAGUUGUGACCAUUUCUUGAUUGGGUGAAUGUGACCAUUUCUUUAUUGGGUGCAUAUGACCAUUUCUUUAUUGGGUGCAUGUGACCAUUUCUUUAUUGGGUUGCAUGUGACCAUUUCUUUAUUGGGUGCAUUUGACCAUUUCUUUAUUGGGUGCAUUUGACCAUUUCUUUAUUGAGUGAUUGUGACCAUUUCUUUACUGGGUGCAUGUGACCAUUUUUUUAUUGGAUGCAUGUGACCAUUUCUUUAUUUGGUGCAUGUGAUCAUUUCUUUAUUGGGUGAUGUGUCCUUUUCUUUAUAGGGCACUUACGACCAUUACUUUAUAGGGUACUUACGACCAUUACUUUAUAGGGUACUUACGACCAUUUUUAUAGGGUACUUACGACCAUUUCUUUAUUGGGUGCAUGUGUCCAUUUCUUUAUAGGGCACUUACGACCAUUACUUUAUAGGGUACUUACGACCAUUACUUUAUAGGGUACUUACGAUCAUUACUUUAUAGGGUACUUAGGACCAUUACUUUAUAGGGUACUUACGACCAUUACUUUAUAGGGUACUUACGACCAUUUUUAUAGGGUACUUACGACCAUUUCUUAUAGGGUACUCACGAGACCAUUUCUUUAUAGGGUACAUGCGACCAUUCUGUCAAGAAAGGGGCUAAAUCUCUUGAAGUCAGUUGGAUAACCUCAGCUGAGACACGCAGACUGGCCCGAAAGAGCAAUAAUAGAUCACCGACUGCAGCAACCAUUCCCUGCCCCCAGUGCCAGAAAUUUUUCCGAGCAAGGAUCGGUCUAGCAAGCCACCUUAGAGCUCACCAUAACUCACCCUCCUCCCUAACCGGAUGACGCGAUGGCCGUAGUUGAUUUUGACGGACGAACAACAACAUGCGACCAUUUCUUUAAUAGGCUACAUGCGACUAUCUCAACUAUCAGGACGUAUUGUGGGUGUUGAAAUUAUACGUUUUUUUGUAAUUAGAGUAGAUUCCUGUUUAAAGAUUGCAUUUUUUUUAAAAGGAUAAUUUAUUAAUUUGUUCGUUGCUGUGAGAGGGUGACAUAUAAUGUUUUAUUAUGAGGUUUUGCGGUAUUCAAAUGAAACUUAUUCUUUAAAAGUGAAGAAUGAUCACGUUGAUUGAAGAAUGAUCAUGUUGACUAAAGAAUGAUCACGUUUGUAGUAGAAUGAACACGUUGAAUGUCAAAUAACAGCGUUGACUUUUGAGUGAUCACGUUGACUUUAGAAUGAUUACGUUAACUUUUGAAUGAUCACGUUGUUCGAAGAAUGAUCAUGUUGACUAAAGAAUGAUCACUUUUGUUGUAGAAUGAACACGUUGAAUGUCGAAUGAUAACGUUAACUUUUAAAUGAUCACGUUGUCUUGGAAAUGAUCACGAUGACUGUAAAAUUAUCACGUUAGUUCUCGAUUGAUCACAUUAGUUUGAGAAUGAGCACGUUGACUGUUGAGUAAGCACCUUGAUUGUAGAAUGAGCCCGUUGACAGUAGAAUGAUCACGUAGACUGUAUAAUGAUCACGUGCACUGUAUAAUGAUCACGUUGUCAAUGCAUUGGAGCUUAUUUACCAUGUAAACUGACAAGGAAAUAAAUAUUUUCUCUAUAAAAUAUAAGAACACUAAAUGCACUUACAAUAAACUCUAACGUUGAGUUACAAUUGAGUUGAUGAUAACCUAAAUUCGUCAGAUCUUAAGUUGUAAAGUGAUAGGGAGAACUACUUUAAACAACGCUUUAUUUGUAAAGUGGUAGUGGGAAGGUUUUAACACAAAUGGCAAGUAAAUCUAGAUGGUUGGAAAAUAAAUAAAUUUAAAAUGGACGUUCCAGAUUUUAAGAAAGUUUCCUAUAGAAAGAGUCUUAUGUCCUCAAUUUAGUUUUUCAUUCCCGUGGAGCCAUGUUCCUAGACGAUUCUUUUAUCGCAUUAGUGGAACUGUGAGCCCAUCAAACGUGAUUUAGUGUCGCGGUCUGUGAUUGGCUGAUGGACAAGAAGGGAAAUGUAAACCAUCGAUUCAAUGGCUAACUUGAUUAAACAAGAAAAACCCGUCUUUCGGGAGGCAAGAUUUUCUGGACAAACUCCAAAAUAACGGGCAUGGCCUUGACAUUGUUUUGGGGGUCGAAUCAAGGACAUGGCAUUGAAAUUAUGAUGGGAGCAAAAUACAGAAAUGGUAUUGCUAUCACGUUGCGGGGUUCAAUAGGGAAAUGGAUGUGUUGAGAGAUGUGCAUCUUGUGAGUGAACAACGUUCCAGUGGGAAUGGAGAUCUUCGUGUUUUGGGUCAUCACAUUUACCUUAGCAUAACAAUGUCCCACAGGCGGUAGUGAGAAUAGAGAUACUAUUUAAGUUGACCAUCAACUUUCUUGUGAGAAUAGAGAUAUUCAUUUAGCUAGUUAUCAACUUUCUAGAGGAAAUAGAGACCUUUUUGAACUUUCUAGAGGGGAAAUAUAUGUUCUUUGAGAUAGUCAUCCCCUUUCUAGUUGGAAUAGAGAUAGUCUUGAUUCUAUGUACCUAACUUUAACAUUACAAUUUAGCACAACGGUAUUUUAUGCACCUAAUUUUAACCUAAUAAUUUAGCACAGAUGGUAUUCUAUGCAUUUAACUCUAACCUAAUAUUUCAGCACAGAUGGUAUUCUAUGCACCUAACUCAACUUAACAUUUCAACACACAUGGUAUUCUAAGCAUCUAUCUCAAGCCUAAAGAUUUAGCCUACAUGGUAUUCUAUGCAUCUAAGUCUAACCUAAAGAUUGAGCACAUACAGUAUUCUACACACCUGCAGACAUCUUAUAUAAGGUCUUUAAACCUGCAUUGUCAAACAGUCCUUACGCUAGCAGUAAAAGUGAUUGUAUAAUUUCUAUUUGUAGUACAAUGGUUCCCAACCCAUGGAUCACGACACAAAAUAUGGUGUCGAAGCAGAUUUUAUGGCGUUACCUUUGAAAGAAAAUGUAUUGUUUUAAAGUUUCUUUUGUACUGGGUGUCUGAAGUUUCAUUUGUACCCGGUGUCUAAAGUUUCAUUUGUACCCGGUGUCUAAAGUUCCAUUUGUACCCGGUGUCUAAAGUUUUAUUUGUACCCGGUGUCUAAAGUUUCAUUUGUACCCGGUGUCUAAAGUUUCAUUUGUACCCGGUGUCUAAAGUUCCAUUUGUACACAGUGUCUCAAUUUUCAUUUGUACCCGUUUUUUAAAGUUCCAUUUGUACCCGGUGUCUAAAGUUUCAUUUGUACCCGGUGUCUAAAGUUUCAUUUGUACCCGGUGUCUAAAGUUUCAUUUGUACCCGGUGUCUAAAGUUCCAUUUGUACACAUUGUCUCAAUUUUCAUUUGUACCCGGUGUCUAAAGUUUCAUUUGUACCCAGUGUCUAAAGUUUCAUUUUUACCCGGUGUCUAAAGUUUCAUUUGUACCGGUGUCUAAAGUUUCAUUUGCACACGGUGUCUAAAGUUUCAUUUGUACAGUUUCUAAAGCUUCAUUUGUACCCAGUGUCUAAAGUUUCAUUUGUACCCGAUGUCUAAAGUUUCAUUUGAAACUGGUGUCUAAAGUUUCAUUUGUACACAUUUUCUAAAGCUUCAUUUGUACCCGGUGUCUAAAUAUUCAUUUAUACCCAGUGUCUAAAGUUUUAUUUGUACCCGGUGUCUAAAUUUUCAUUCGUUCCGGUGUCUAAAGUUUCAUUUGUACACGGUGUCUAAAGUUUCAUUUGUACACGGUGUCUAAAGUUUACUUUGUACCUGGUGUCUUAAGCUUCAUUUGCAACAGGUGUCUUAAGUUUCAUUUUUAUACAAUGUCUAAAGUUUCAUUUGAUACUGUUGUAGUUUAUAUUGUCAAUGUUGAUGUAGAUGUUGUUGAUAUUGUUGUGGUUUAUGUUGUCAAUGUUGAUCUAGAUGUUAUUGACAUUAUUGUAAUUUAUUUAGUCAAUGUUGAAGUAGAUGUUGUUGAUAUUGUUGUAGUUUAUGUUGUCAAUGUUGAAGUAGAUGUUGUUGAUAUUGUUGUAGUUUAUGUUAUUGAUGUUAAACCUGGUAUUGAUAUUAAUGUGGCUUAUUGAAUUUUAAAAAAGCCUUUAUUUAAUCAAAAAGACUUAAUGCUAACAAAAUAUAAAUUUGAAUUAAAUUAUUCGAAAACGUGUAAAAAAAUUUUUGUUGCACACACGUACACACGCGUUGACAAAUAUUCAAAAUUCAAAAACACACAGUCACUCACAAAGACAAAGAAACGAAUACAGACACACAAUCAGACUCAAACAGAGCCGCAUACAAACACAUCCAAACACAUACAGACAUGCAUCUAGUAACACAACACAAGCAAAUAAAGACACAUACAUAUAUGCAUCUAGACACAAACAGACCUGCAUACUGACACAUCCAGACACAAACAGACCUGCAUUUUGACACAUUCAGACACAUACAUACACGCAUUCACACACGCACAUACACACAUUAAUAUACAGAAACACGCAUAUACGCUUUCAGACAGACACCUACAAGCAAACCUCCAGACACUCAUCCAGACACACAAAGUGACACAUACAGACACACAUGUACGCAAACAGAUAAACAGAGACACCCAUACAUUCACAUACAGACACACAAAGAUACGAAUAUUAUAUAGUGCUGUAUAUCAUUGGUAUAGUGCUCUACAUCUAUCGUAUACUGCAGUACAUUUAUCCUAUAGUGCUCUACAUCUAUCGUAUAGUGCUGUACAUCAUUGGUAUAGUGCUCUACAUCUAUCGCAUAGUACUCUACAUCUAUCAUAUAGUGCUCUACAUUUAUCGUAUAGUGCUCUACAUUUAUCGUAUAGUGCUCUACAUCUAUCGUAUAGUGCUCUACAUCUAUCGUAUAGUGCUCUACAUCUAUCAUAUAGUGCUCUACAUAUAUCGUAUAGUGCUCUACACUAAACGUAUAGUACUCUACAUCUAUCGUAUAGUGCUCUACACCUAUCUUUUAGUGCUCUACAUCUUUCUGAUCUAAUUUGUUAAGACAAACAGCAAAUCGCCAAGCCGAAGCUCGUUAGGUCGUCCCCAUGGUAGCCCUAACCUUAACUCUAUCCCAAAGCUCAUAAGGCCGUCCCCAUGGUAGCCCUAACCCUAACUCUAUCCCAAAGCUCAUAAGGUCGUCCCCAUGGUAGCCCUAAACCUAACUCUAUCCCAAAGCUCAUAAGGCCGUCCCCAUGGUAACCCUAACUCUAACUCUAUCCCAAAGCUCUUAAGGCCAUCCCCAUGGUAACCCUAACUCUAUCCCUAAGCUCAUAAGGCCGUCCCUAUGGUAACCCUAACCCUAACUCUAUCCCAAAGCUCAUAAGGCCGUCCCCAUGAUAACCAUAACUCUAACUCUAUCCCAAAGCUCUUAAGGUCAUCCCCAUGGUAACCCUAACUCUAUCCCAAAGCUCGUAAGGCCGUCCCCAUGGUAACCCUAACCCUAUCCCAAACCCCAUAAUACCACCCCCAUGGUAACCCUAACUCUCACCCAAAUCUAACCCUAACUCUAUCCCAAAGCUCAUAAGGCCGUCCCCAUGAUAACCAUAACUCUAACUCUAUCCCAAAGCUCUUAAGGUCAUCCCCAUGGUAACCCUAACUCUAUUCCAAAGCUCGUAAGGCCGUCCCCAUGGUAACCCUAACUCUAUCCCAAAGCACAUAAGGCCAGCCCCAUGGUAACCCUAACUCUAUCCCAAAACUCAUAAGGCCGUCCCCAUGGUAACCCUAACCCUAACUCUAUCCCAAAGCUCAUAAGGCCGUCCCCACGGUAACCCUAACCCUAACUCUAUCCCAAAGCUCAUAAGGCCGUCCCCAUGGUAACCCUAACUCUAUCCCAAAGCUCGUUAGGCCGUCCCCAUGGUAGCCUUAACCCUAACUCUAUCCCAAAGCUCAUAAGGCUGUCCCCAUGGUAACCCUAACCCUAACUCUAUCCCAAAGCUCAUAAGGCUGUCCCCAUCGUAACCCUAACCCUAACUCUAUCCCAAAGCUCAUAAGGCCGUCCUCAUCGUAACCCUUACCCUAUCCCAAAGCUCAUUAGGCCAUCCCUAUCGUCACCCUAACCCAACGUAUCCCACCUCCCCAACAUGAACCCAUUCCCGCCCUACAACCCGGAAACCGAAAACUCUGGGGACCGCGAAGGGCACGCUGGAAGAACUCCGCGCUGAGACAGCCUCACUCGCCGUCCACCCUAUUGAACACCUGAUCUGUUGGUAGUGCUGCUCUUACAACAACAGCAAUGGAAGGAGCACCUAGUCGGUUGGCAGUGCUGCUCUUACAACAACAGCAAUGUAAGGAGCACCUAGUCGGUUGGCAGUGCUGCUCUUACAACACCAGCAAUGGAAGGAGCACCUGGUUGGUUGGCUUUGCUGCUCUUACAACACCAGCAAUCAAAGGAGCCCCUGGUUGGUUUGCAGUUUUGCUUUUACAACAACAGCAAUGGAAGGAGCACCUGGUCGGUUGGCAGUGCAGCUCUUACAACACCAGCAAUUGAACUUUCUAUGACCGGGAUGAAUAUAUUAAACGUCCCUGAAGCGCCCCUUGCCAUUGUGGUGUCUCGUUAGACGCCCUCUAUCAGUGCUUCUACAAGUCAGUGGUUUUCAACAUCCUGAAAACGCCACGAAGCAGUUGGGACAGCCGUGACUGUCACGAACAGUCCCGUCGACGGCUGCAUGAUAGCAUCACUGGCACGGUCUACCACAACCCACCCACGCCUCAUGUCCAUCAGCGGCAACUGGUCAUCAUGAUCCCGACCUCUUUCUGGCGUUAUUUUCAACUGUAAUUGAGAAGGUUCUCAGCAGCAGAUCCCAUAAAAGAUCUAUAUCUCCACACGCAGGUCCCCUAAAAUGUACUGAUGUACCCCGGGUAGCGCCGGGGGGUCGGUGACAGCGCCUUUUUACCGGCUUUUCCCUACCGCCAUGUCGACUGGAACCCCGGGGAGCCGUUACUGGAACCACUGGGCAGCCGUACAUCUAUCGUAUAUUACUGUCUUAAAUUAGAGGACAAACAGUAAUUUAUAAUCUGGACUUAUUUUAUUAUAUAAUUUCUUCUUUCUUACAUCAUUAAAGACAUUAUAACUACACUCAUUGUGGUGCUGUUAAGUAUUCCAUGGGAGCUGUGUCACAAGAGGAGAACCACCGUCCCCAAUGAGAACUUGAGUUGACGUCUGUUGAAAAGCCAGACUGUUGGUACUUGUUAGCGAUACGCUGAUAACAUCCUCUUCGUGACGUCACGCAUGGUGCGCGCGUUAUAGGGUGGCAUAUAUCUUCUCGCCUUGAAUGUCAAGGGUUCUCACCAUUUCAAUUUUGAUUGAUCCCCCUUACUUUCGAAAUAAACAUAAAAUCUAAAAUUUAUGAGAAUCAGUGGCAUGCCAAGCUCAAUUUCAGUAAUUCAAAGUGAGUUUAAGACAAUGGUUCUCAAAAUAGUGGGACGCCCCAUAUGCAGCAAAAAAUAAUACAUAUUCCACACGCAAAAGACCAAAUAUGUAUAGUUUUUUUUAUUAACAAGUUUCUCACCCUCAUAGAUUUGAACUCUUAGGCAGUACUUCAACAAGUGUCUUUCUUCAUAGGUAUGAACUCUUUAUCAGUUCUUAAGCAAGUGUCUUUGAAAAUAGAUGCUAUAAUAUCGUUUGUGUCAAUUAUUCUGUAAACAUAAUUAGAAUUUUGGGUGGAUAAGGUCAUCUUUCUCUGCAAGGGAUGAGAACCAGUGAUUAAUAAUUUUUUAAUCAAAAAAAUUAUUGUUUUUUUUUGUUUUUUUUUUAAAUGUAUAAGUACACAUUUUUAUAAAUGUUAACAUUUGAGUAAUAUUUGUUGGAAUUGAGUAAAAUGUAUAUUCUUUAAAAAAAUAUGUCUCUUAACAAAAAAUGUGAGAAGCACUCAAUGAGAUUGCAUCGUAUAUCGCUAGAUAAUCUUGUUGUCGAUCGUAUGAGCCCUAAUAAUCUUUGUUAAGCAGCACAAAAUCUGACAGUGUAGCAUGUGUCAUCUGCCUUAAGGUAGCAUAAUAUCUGACAGUGUAGCCUUUGUGAUUUUCUUUAAGGUAGCUUUAUAUCUGACAUGUAGCCUUUAUGAUCUUCUUUAAUGUAGCCUCAUAUCUGGCAGUGUAGUCUUUGUGAUCUUCUUUAAGGUAGCAUAAUAUCUGACAGUGUAGCCUUUAUGAUCUUCUUUAAUGUUGCCUUAUAUCUGACAGUGUAGCCUUUAUGAUCUUCUUUAAUGUUGCCUUAUAUCUGACAGUGUAGCCUUUAUGAUCUUCUUUAAUGUAGCCUUAUGUCUGACAAUGUAUCCUUUAUGAUCUUCUUUAAUGUAGCCUUAUAUCUGACAGUGUAGCCUUUAUGAUCUUCUUUAAUGUAGCCUUAUAUCUGACAGCGUAGCCUUUAUGAUCUUCUUUAAUGUAGCCUUAUGUCUGACAAUGUAGCGUGUUUAUAUGGUAUUGUGUAACGAGUUCAACAUUAUGGACUUGGUACAGAUGUGUUGAGUCCAAAGUUGAUGUGUAAGACCAUGUGUUCUUCCUUCAAAUAUUUUGUAUUAUUUGUUUACGUAGAAUCACGGUAAUGUAAGAUUUAUUUGAUAUGAAUUUUGAAAACUGAAAUGGCGCGCUUAAAAGUGAUGACAAUAAUAAUGACACUUAUGAUGACACGAAUGAUGACAUUAAUGAUGACACUUAUGAUAACAUUAAAUGAUAACACUAAUGGCGAUAAUAAUGAUAAAAUUCAUGAUAUCAAUAAUAAUGACAACUUUGAUGAGUAAAUUUGACGUAAAAACAUUUACAGAGUGGAAAGUGGAUUAUUAUGUAGGCCACAAUUUACAAGGAGUGGGCACUGGAGUUGAACGUUAAGUGGAAAGUUCAAUGGAUAAUGGAGUGGAUAGUGGAGUCAAUAGUGGAGUGAAUAGAGGAAUGAGGGCACGGUGGAGUGCAGAGUGGAGUAGGAAUUUUGAUUUGAUAUCGAAGUAACAAUGGGAGAGUAGAUUUUUGUGAUAAGUGGAGUGGAAAGGGGAGUGACAGUGGGAGUGGAAAGUGGAGUGACAGUGGGAGUGGAUAGAGGAGACGAUAAAGGAGUGUGCAUCGGAGCGGAACGUGUAGUGGAUAUUAGGGAGGAAAGUGGAAUGGCAAGUGAAGUGGAUAGUGUACAUAAUAGAUGAGUGUACAUUAAAUAAGAAAUAAAUAGUGUGGAAGGCAAAGUAGCAUGUGCAGAGGAUUGUGGAUUGAAAAGUAUUGACAAAUGAAGAGAAGAGUGUUGGGGAUAAAAAUUGUUUUUAAAAAAUGGGGGUGGGGGGGGUCGAUUGUGGAGUAGAAUUAUUUUUUUUAAGACUAACACUACGCUACAUAAAAGAAACACAUUGAGUUAAAUGUUUUUUGAACGAAUAGAAUUUCCUUACACAAUUUAUGCGAUUGAUAUAAAAAAAACCUAGCGGCCCUUGACUUUUCAAAAAAGUGAGAGUUCUCGCCCUUAACUAUUGAGUAGCGCGGAGUGAAUUGAACCAACGGAAAGGAUAUUUGCACAAUUUCUAUUGGAACAAAAAUGGCUAUUGGCACUCUUUUAUUACUUAAGGGCCUCUUUCUAAUAACGGAAUGUUAUUUAUAGUUGUUUUUUUUUAGGGUUCGAUUUAAUCGAUCUACUCCAGUACGUUUUUUUUUUAUUUUAGUCCUCUGAACACAAGCGUUUAACAUUUCUUCAAAGUAAUCAACUGGAAUCAGUGGCGUAUGCAGAAAAAAGCAGAUUUGUUUUAAGGGUUGGGUGAAAUAUUUCAAUUUCAAAAUAAUAAAUUAAUUUUUAUUUCACCCUUAGAUGUAUCGUCAAUCAUGUCUUACGACCAUGUGUUCAUAAAUCCUUAAAUAAAGCUGUGAGGCAAAACACGUGUGUCUGGGAUGGGGGUGGGGGGGGGGGUUGGAUGAAUGCCUGCCAUCUCAUCAACGCAGACAUGGGUCUGCCUCUGAAUAGAAUAUAUUGAUUUCCGUUUCAAACAUCGUUAUACAUAUUAAAAUAUAUGCUAUUCUAGAAAGAUUUAUACAAUAUUUUAAACUCUCAAAAUGUUAUAAAAUAAGUUUAACUGUAUGAAGAUGUAUUAAAAGCUAAAAAUUAUUCAUAUUUAGUUGCCCAUAAACGACACCCCAUUCCCCAGGCCCCCGUUCCCUAACCCACUGCCCUAACCCCCUUCCCUAAACCCCCUUCCCUAAACCCCCUUCCCUAAACACCCCUUCCCUAAUCACCCUUCCCUGACCCCCAUUCUUUAACCCCCGUUCCCUAACCCCCUUCCCUAACCCCUUCCCUAACCCCCUUCCCUAACCCCCCUUACCUAAUCCCCCUUCCCUAACCCCCCUUCCCUAACCCCCCUUCCCUAACCCUCCUUCCCUAACCCCCCUUCCCUAACCCCUUCCCUAACCCCUUUCCCUAACGCCCUUCCCUAACCCCUUCCCUAACCCCCUUCCCUAACCCACUUUCCCUAACACCCUUCCCUAAACCCCUUCUCCAACCCCCCUUCCCUAAGCNACCCCUUCCCUACCCCCCUCCCCUACCCCCCUCCCCUCACCCCCUCCCCUACCCCCCUUCCCUAACCCCCUUCCCUAACCCCCUUCCCUAGCCCCCCAACCCCACCAUGAUCUACGCCAAUAUAUCUUUCAAUAACAGAAAGCGCUCUACUUGUUGGAAGAGUAUCUAGGCUAAGUUGGGCACUUUCCUUACCACUUUUGUCAUAAAUACCUUUGAGGUAUGUUGCUUUCUCUGGGACUUCAUGUGUGAAAUAUUGCACAACUUUAUUUUGUUCCAAUGUGUUUCAUAGCGCAAUGUAAUGUACUAUGUGUCCUUAAAUGUAAAGCUUUUAACUAUUAAUAUGUCUUGUUUCUAUGUUCUGUGACAUUUUGUCAUUAUGUACCAUUAUUAUGUGGUGUAACUAUGAGCUGUGGCGUCUUGUCAUUAUGUCCCACUAUGUAAUGUAACUGUGUUCUGUGACAUCUUGUCAUAUGUUCCAUUAUUCUGUAAUGUAGCUAGGUUCUGUGGCGUCUUGUCAUUACAUUCCACUAUUGUGUAAUGUAUUAAGUGUUCAGCGAUAAUUUCGAAUAAUGUCUAAUAAUUGGUAGCAGAUGAUAUUAUUUAAUUUUAAUUAUGCAAUGUUAUGUCAUGUGACAAAGGAACACAUACAGUUUUAUAUUUAUGUAAUUUAAUAGCAUGUAAUAAGUGUCCGGUAAUAUAAUACAAUCGUCCAAUAUUCUGUAUUGUACCAGGUAAUAAGAAGCAUUAAAUGUUAUGUAAUUAUGAUAUUUUAUGUAAUGAUGUAAGGUUAUGUAUUGAUGUAAUAUUAUUUAAUAAUGUAAUUUAAUGUAAUGAUGCAAUGUUAUAUCAUGAUGCAAUGUUAGGCAAUAAUGUAAUCUUAUGUAAUGAUAUAAUGUUAUGUUUUGAUGUAAUGUUAUUUCAUUUAAUAACUAGUGAGUAAGUUGAUGUAAUGAUUCCAAAUAUAUUUGACAAGAACUUUUCGAUGAUGUUACAGUGGCACGGACAGCAACAGUACAAGGCAAGCUAACAUGUGGAGUAAGCUAGCUGCAGUAACUGCCUUACUUGUAGGGAUACUUAUUGGGUUGUGGCUCUUGGACGACAAUAAGCUGGGUAAGUGGACGUAAGCUAAGGGCGAUUUGUUCAUUAGGAGCGUGGGGUAUAUGUCGUUGUUAGUCGACUUAAGGUGGGGUAUGUGUCAUUGGAAGUUGACGUUAAGUGGGGUAUGUAUCAAUGUUAGUGGACGUAGGGUGGGGUAUGUGUCGUUGGUAGUGGACGUAAAGUGAGGUAUGUGUCGUUGGUAGUGGAUGUAAGCUCGGAAAGUGUUGUUAGUUGUGAGCGUAAAAUGGGGUACGUGUCGUUGGUAGUGGACCUAGGAGUAGGACACAGAAACUAUUUCAGAGUCUCAUUGUGGCAGAUGGUCGUCUAGGAGUACGUCCCUUCUGUGCGGCCACAGAAACUAUUUCAGAGUCACAUUGUGACAGAUGGUCGUCUAGGAGUAGGUCCCUUCUGUGCCGCCACAGAAACUAUUUCAGAAUCUAAUUGUGACAGAUGGUCGUCUAGGAGUAGGUCCCUUCUGUGCGGCCACAAAAACUAUUUCAGAGUCUCAUUGUGACAGAUGGUCGUCUAGGAGUAGGUCCCUUCUGUGCGGCCACAGAAACUAUUUCAGAGUCUCAUUGUGGCGGAUGGUCGUCUAGGAGUAGGUCCCCUCUGUGCGGCCACAGAAACUAUUUCAGAGUCUUAUUGUGGCAGAUGGUCGUCUAGGAGUAGGUCCCCACUGUGCGGCCACAGAAACUAUUUCAGAGUCUCAUUGUGGCAGAUGGUCGUCGAGGAGUAGGUCCCCGCUGUGCCGACACAGAAACUAUUUCAGAGUAUCAUUGUAGCAGAUGGUCGUCUAGGAGUAGGUCCCCACUGUGCAGCCACAGAAACUUUUUCAGAGUCUCAUUGUGGCAGAUGGUCGUCUAGGAGUAGAUCCCCACUGUGCGGCCACAGAAACUAUUUCAGAGUCUCAUUGUGACAGAUGGUCGUCUAUGAGUAGGUCCCACUGUGCAGCCACAGAAACUAUUUCAGAGUCUCAUUGUAGCAGAUGGUCGUCUAGGAGUAGGUCCCCACUGUGUGGCCACAGAAACUAUUUCAGAGUCUCAUAGUGACAGAUGGUCGUCUAGGAGUAGGUCCCCACUGUGCGGCCACAGAAACUAUUUUAGAGUCUUAUUGUGACAGAUGGUCGUCUAGGAGUAGGUCCCCACUGUGCGGCCACAGAAACUAUUUCAGAGUCUCAUUGUGGCAGAUGGUCGUCGAGGAGUAGGUCCCCACUGUGCGGCAACAGAAACUAUUUCAGAGUCUCAUUGUUGCGAAUGGUCGUCUAGGAGUAGGUCCCCACUGUGCGGCAACAGAAACUAUUUCAGAGUCUCAUUGUUGCGAAUGGUCGUCUAGGAGUAGGUCCCCACUGUGUGGCCACAUAAACUAUUUCAGAGUCUCAUUAUGACAGAUGGUCGUCUAGGAGUAGGUCCCCACUGUGCGGCCACUGAAACUAUUUCAGAGUCUCAUAGUGACAGAUGGUCGUCUAGGAGUAGGUCCACACUGUGCGGCCACUGAAACUAUUUUAGAGUCUCAUUGUGACAGAUGGUCGUCUAGGAGUAGGUCCACACUGUGCGGCCACAGAAACUAUUUUAGAGUCUCAUUGUGGCAGAUGGUGGUCUAGGAGUAGGUCCCCACUGUGCGGCCACAGAAACUAUUUCAGAGUCUCAUUGUGACAGAUGGUCGUCUAGGAGUAGGUCCCCACUGUGCGGCCACAGAAACUAUAUCAGAGUUUCAUUGUGGCGGAUGGUCGUCUAGGAGUAGGUCCCUUCUGUGCGGCUACAGAAACUAUUUCAGAGUCUCAUUGUGACAGAUGGUCGUCUAGGAGUAGGUCCUCUCUGUGCGGCCACAGAAACUAUUUCAGAGUCUCAUUGUGACAGAUGGUCGUCUAGGAUUAGGUCCCUUCUGUGCGGCCACAGAAACUAUUUCAGAGUCUCAUUGUGGCAGAUGGUCGUCUAGGAGUAGGUCCCCACUGUGCGGCCACAGAAACUAUUUUAGAGUCUCAUUGUGGCAGAUGGUCGUCUAGGAGUAGGUCCCCUCUGUGCCGCCACAGAAACUAUUUCAGAGUCUCAUUGUGGCAGAUGGUCGUCUAGGAGUAGGUCCCCACUGUGCGGCCACAGAAACUAUUUCAGUCUCCUAGCCUUACAAAGCUGAUGUGUAGUAAAGUAGAAUCGUUUUAAAAAAAUAAUAAUAAUAACUCAAUAUACGGUUUGAAUAAGCAGUAUUAUUUAAUUCGUUAUAUACUGGGUUAAACUCAUUCUACACUAGUGACAAAACAGUAAUAAUGGCGUUCACAGUGAAAGAAAUAAGAAGAUGUACUCAUAUCGACACUAUGAUAACUCAAUCAUUAAAAGGAAAAUGGGCUUAAGAUGGUUAUGUGCUGUGAGCAGUGGGCUUAAAGUGGGUUUGUGCUGUGAGCUGUGGGCUUAAAGUGGGUAUGCGCUGUGAGUGGUGGGCUUAAGAUGGUAUGUGCUGGGAGCAGUUGGCUUAAGAUGGAUAUGGGCUGGGUGCAGUGGGCUUUAAAUGGAAAUGGGCUGGGAGCAGUGGGCUUAAGAUGGAUAUGUGCUGGGAGCAGUGGGCUUAAGAUGGAUAUGGGCAGGGAGCAGUGGGCUUAAGAUGGAUAUGGGCUUUGAGCAGUGGGCUUAAGGUGAGUAUGUUCCUGCGAGUGGUGGGCUAAAGGUGUGUAUGUGUAGUAGAGCAGUUGAAGGUUGAUUGGACCCCUAUAUCAAAGCUAACAAUUUAAAUACUUGUCAGCAUAAAAAUAUAGCAUAUUUCCUCACGAUCAAAUAUCAUUUUACCACUUUUAGAAAUUAAUGAUUCCGUUCUGGAAAUAAAUUCAUGGAGUCUCUCCUGACUAGUCACCGGCUGAAAUGUUCAACUAAAAUUUAUUUUAAUCAAAUUUUCAGAAUGGCUGUCUCAAUAUUUGCAAUUAACGAUCGUGCUUUCGAAAUAGACCGCGGAGGGAUUUCUGUGGGGUCGCGGAUUGAUUUCUGUGGGGUCGCGAAGGAUUUAUCGUGGGGUGGCGGAGAGUGUAUAUAUAUAGUUUUAACGUAAUUAUCAUGUGUGUCUUAAAAUGUUUAUGUCCCCAAAUCUAUAUUUUUUUUAGCUUUAAGAUAAUAAAUAAAUGUCCACUCUCUGCUGAAUCUUUGCUUUCAUGGGGUUUUAUUUUUAAUUGCGUUUGCGAUCGUUCCAAUUAAAAUGACAUUUCUGUUUUCAGAUACCAUCAAAGGUAAAAGAGUUCUUGUGACCGGGGCGAGCACUGGGAUCGGUGAACAGCUUGCAUACCACUAUGCAAGACUGGGGGCUCAUGUUGCUGUUACUGCAAGAAGGAAGGACGUACUUAAUCAGGUGAUUGCAAGAUAGUCUUUGAUACCAAGAUGUCCCCCCGCCCCAACCCCAAAAAAAUAAAAUAAUAAUAAAAAUAAAGAUCUAUGACAAAUUUUAAAUGACGCUCUACAUGAAAGGUUUUAGAAUAGGCUUUCAUUAAACGACCACACACAAAAACACAGGUUAAAUGCUACAUGUAAGCCUGAGACACACAUAACACAGUUUAAAUGAUCUAUACACAAGAUGGCGGCCUUUCAAAGUUUUGAAUACAGAAAUUGUACACAAAUCAAGAAGGAACUGUGAAAUGAUUAUCAUAAUUACAAAAUUCAAUUUCAGGGAAGUCAAAGUUGCCUUGAGCUUGAGACUACGCCUUACAGGCAUGUAUAGAAUCAAGCUCUGGAUCAUAUUGUAGUUUUAUAUGUGUUCCUGUUUUCUUUGCGUAGUCGGCCAUCUUAGCUGUCAUCGUAUGCUUGUACUUAGUUUUUGUAGUGUUGCGUUUGUUUUAAAUGUGGUAAACUAUAGAUUUGUUUUUUGUUGACUUUGUACCGCGCUUCGAGCCUUUGGGGAUGAAGCGUGUUUUUGAAAUGAACUUUAUUAUUAUUAUUAUUAUUAAGACACAUACAAACACAGGUUCUAAGAUCUAUAAAGGCCUAAGACGCAAACAAAUAUAGUUUAAACGCUACAUAUAGGCCUAAGACACACACAAAUACAGACUAAAUGAUCUAUAUAGACCUAAGACACACAUACGACAGUUUAAAUGAUCUAUAUAUAAACCUAAGACACACAUAAACACAGGUUAAAUGAUCUAUAUAGGCCUAAGACACAUACAAACACAGGUUAAAUGAUCUAUAAAGGCAUAAGACACACAAACACAGGUUAAAUGCUACAUAUAAGCCUAAGACACACAUAAACACAGGUUAAAUGCUACAUAUAGGCCUAAGACACACACGAACACAGGCUAAAUGAUCUAUAAAGGCAUAAGACACAAACAAACACAGACUAAAUGAUCUAUAUAGACUUCAGACACACAAACACAGACUAAAUGAUCUAUAUAGACCUAAGACACACAAACACAGAUUAAAUGCUAUAUGUAGUCUUAAGACACACACAAACGCAGGUUAACUGAUCUAUAUAUAGGCCUAAGACACACACAACAAAUUGAAAUGCUCUAUACAGGUGUAAUCUGUAAUGAUACAGGUGUAAUCUGUAAUACAUGUGCUGUUUAAACAGGUAAUUGAGCGAUGUAAACAGAUAAGUCCCCAGAACCUGACGCACUUCGCCAUAGCUGCCGACAUGUCACAGCUCAAUCAGACACAACUUGUUAUUGAGGUAAGUAGCCCCAGACAAUUUACUUGUAAACUUUUUGUAGUAGUUUAAUAAGGUAACCCAAACAAUCUACCUACAAACCUGUUGUAGUAGUUUAAAACGUAACCCAAACUUGCAAACUUGCUGUAGUAGUUUAAUAAAUGACUUAAAUUUACAAUCUUAUGCUAGAAACCCUCCCCCCCCUCUUCCCAAGCACCGAAACAACUAUAUUAAUAGUCUAUAAAUGGAUGUCAAGAUUUUUCACUCAUUAUAUACACUUAACGAUAUUAAAUUAUGAAUAAACUAUUGAUCCCUUAUAAAAUAACAUACCUUUUUAUUGUUUUACAGUAAUUUUAAUGGCUUCGGGGUUGUUGUUUUUUUUUUUUUUUAAUUCCACAGGAAGCCAUUGCAUUAUUGGGUGGCCUUGACAUUGUGGUACUGAACCAUAUCGCGAGCCUGCCCAUCUCACUCUUCACAGGAAGUCCCGAGAACUUAACAUCAUUCGAUCGUAUCACAGAAGUGAAUUUUAAGUGAGUCAAAAAUCAUGUUCAUAUAAGUGUGUGAAACAGGUGUCAAGUUUAGUCUUAAAUGUGUGUUUUAGUUUAAUAUGUAAAUCUAGCUGUGCUAUACAAAGUAAUUACAAUCAAUAUUAAUAUAAUAUAAGGCUACCGUCAAAAUUAAUGCAUUAUGUUGUGUAGAUACUAUUGUGCGAUACACGAUUUUAAUUGAAGUUUCAAACUUGUUCGUAUAAAAGCUAUUUUUUUAAAUUUGUUUCGUAAACAAAAAGUGUCAAGUAGCCUACAUUGAAUAGCAAAUUGAUCUUGUUCAUUAUCGAUGUCAAAAGACGCUUAGCCCCAUUAAAUAAAAUGUAUGACAUCACAAUGUGAAUUAACAUUUCUAUUUUAAUUAUGUUGUUUAUUUUCUAUGUUAAAAUAACGUUCAAAAGGAACCUAAACUUUCCUGUUUGACUUCCAGGUCGUAUGUUUACCUGGCAUCUUACGCUCUGCCACAAAUUAUUGCAAACCAUGGCAGUAUUGUAGUGGUUAAUAGUUUAUUAGGUGAGUACAUAUGGCAGUGUUAUAGUCAAUAGUUUAUGAGAUAGUGUCUUGCUGUGUGGCACAGUUUGCAUUGCUGUUUGGCACAGUUUGAAUUGCUUUUUGGCACAGUUUGAAUUGCUGUUUGGCACAGUUUGAAUUGCUUUUUGGCACAAUUGUACUGCUGUUUGGCACAGUUUGAAUUGCUGUUUGGCAGAAUUUGCAUUUUAGUGAGGCACAGUUUGAAUUGUUGUUUGGCACAGUUUGCAUUGCUAUUUGGCAAAGUUUGUAUUGCUGUUUGGCAAAUUUACAUUUUUGUGGCACAGUUUGCAUUGUUGAGUGGCACAGGUUGACUUGUUGUGUGGCACAGUUUGCAUUGCUGUGUGGUAGAGUUUACAUUGUUGUGUGGCACAAUUUGCAUUUCUGUGUUGCACAGUUUGCAUUGGCAUGUGGCACAGUUUGCAUUGCUGUUUGGCACAGUUUGCAUUAGUGUGUGGCAGAUUUUCAUUUCUGUGUGGCAAUCUGAGCAAACUCUUUAAAUUAGAUGUGUCUUAAGUAAUGUUUAACUAUAAAAUACGUAACAAUGACUUAAUUCUGCACUGUGUAUAUUAAGGUUAUAGUUUUAUAUACUCAGGGAAAGUGCAGGUACCAAAUGUCCAGCAUGUGCUCUAAGUAAUGGCUAACAAAAUUUAAGAACAAGAUUAUUAAAAACUAGACUGCUAAUAAAAUAUGUUUUGAAAAAAUGUUGUGUGUUACACAAUAUGGCCAUUACAUAAUUAAAGGAACACAUUUUUUAAUGAUUUUAAUACAUUGAAUAAUAUUUUCGAUUAAAAUUGAUUUUUUAUCAUGAAUGCUUUGAACACAGGAAGAAUUCCACAUGCAUUUCUUGGAACCUAUGCGGCCUCCAAACACGCACUGCGUGGUUUCUUUGAGUCUUUGAGGAACCAGUUCAGUCUCUUGAAACAAGAUGUUGCUGUGACCAUCUGUACAUUGGGUUUGAUAGGUAAGCUGGAUAUAAAUGUACCAAUGUAUACAUCACUCCUUACCAACCCCAUGAUUAAAAUGCUACAAUAAAAUAAAGAACUUCAUCAUUUUUUCACAUUUUUUCUUCAUCUAGGAACAGACAAUGCCAUUGAACAGUUGAAAAGCUGCACAUUCGAUAAAACCCUGGCCACUAUUAGUCCAGCAUCACCUGUUGACACCGCCCUGGCCAUCGUCACUGCAAACGCAAGGCGUCAAAACGACCUGUACUUCCCUUUCUGGUCAACAUGGUCUAUUUCCCUUUUGCGGAGUCUUUUUCCCCAGACUUCCGAUUGGAUUAUGGUGACUCUAAUAUAUUAAAAGUAUCAAAGUCAAAUAAGAUUUCCUCAGAUUGUAGAUUGGAUUCUGCUGAUGCUACUCUUUCAAUAAGGUCAACGUUUUAAGACUGUUUUAGUGGCUUCAAAUACCUCAACUAAUUACUGUCCUUAAAACCUCAUAUCAGACUGCAGGUACAAACCAGUUUUGUUGAGAGGGGGAAAAAAUGCGAUGUUACAAAUUAUGGCAUGUGUUUAAUAUGUAAUGAUGAGUUUAUAUGAUUGUUAGUAUUUAUGAUGUUAGUUUAUAUGAUUGUUAGUGUAUAUAAUUGUAGUCGUAUAUCAUUGUUAGUGUAAAUGAUUGUUAGUUUAUAUGAUUGUUAGUUUCUAUGAUUGUUAUUUUAAAUGAUUAUUAAUUGAUUUGAUUGCCAGUGUAUAUAUUUUUUAAUUUAUAUGAUUGUUAGUUUAUAUGAUUGUUAGUUUAUAUGAUUGUUAGUUUAUAUGAUUGUUAGUUUAUAUGAUUGUUAGUUUAUAUGAUUGUUUGUUUUUACUUUAUAUUUUAAAAGAUGUAAUAAUAUAUAAAUGAAUGUAUUUUAAAAUGUUCAAAAUGAAAUAAAUGCGAGGUUCUUCACACACAAGUCUUCUUUUUCUAUGAUGUAAGGGAAAUAAUCUUUGUUACAUCUUAGACUUUUAAAGAAAGCAAUAGUCAACUUGUUGAAUACAUUAUGCUCUCCCUUGAUCUCAAGAACUCUAGUAUUUUUUUUCUCCAUAAAGUUUUUUUUUUUUUUUUUAAGUAUGUGGAUCUUUUAUUAUUAGAUCCAGGAUUAUUCUAUUAAGUGGCAUCGCAAGAAUAUAAAAAAGUGAUUCAGAGAAAUAGAGAUAUUGAAAUAUAGAGAUAUAAGGUACAGAGAUAUAAAGAGUUAAAGAUAUACAGAUACAGAGACACAGAGAUGAAGAGAAAUAGUGAUUUCUUAUUCUAUCAAUCGAUAAACUUUGAAUGUUAUUUAAAAAUUAGACAAAUAUUCCGAAAGAAAGACUUGUGUUAAUAUUAGAUUUUGAUGACACAAAUUUUUUAUUGUAUACCAGUAAAACAAUAAAGCUUUAUUAAUCGUAAUGAAAGAGAAGGUACUGGUUAAAUACUGGAGAUAAAUCAAUUGAAGUAAGUUUUAGCCAAAUUAAAAUACAAUGAAAACUUAUGUAAAAUUUAUGUUUAUUUAUAAAUAAAUACAAGUUUUUGUGACUAACCACAUUGCAGACUGUUCUCACUGUUAAGCUGAAAUUUUCAAGGCCAGUAGAACUAGACUGUGAUUUAGACCAUUGAGGAUAUAUCAUGUUUGUUACUCACAUAAUUUAUUUUGCUUUUUAAANUCUGUUCUUUUCUUAUCAUAGUCAUGUAUUUUUUUGUUUUUUGUUUUUUUUUUGUUGCAACAUUUUUUUGUGUGGAUGAAUUUUUAGAGUUCGUUCAUUUUUCUUUUCAAAAUUGAUUUUUUUUUUUUUUUAAACAUAUUUGAUUUCAUAAUGCCAGGAUUUGGAUUUGUUCCCAAUUUCAAGUUAUUCAGAUUCUUUAAUAAUAAGGAAAUGAAAAAGGAUGCAACAAAACAACGAGCGUGUUGGCAAGAUGCCUUCUUCAGCAAACAAACAACAGUAAAAAAAAAAAAUAUACAAUUUAAAAUUUUAAAAAUACUUAUCAGCAAUGAAGUAUCUGAAAUGAAAGAAUAGGAAUGUGACAGAACAUAUGUAGGCGAGAGGGCAGAAUAGGAAAGUGACAGAACAUAUGUAGGCGAGAUGACAUAAUAGGAAAGUGAGAGAACUUGUGUAGGGGAGAGGACAGAAUAGGAAUGUGACAGAGCAUAUGUAGGAGAGAAAUUUAAUACAUGCAAAAUUGGACGGAAGGAAGGAAAAGUAUCUCCACUGCAAGUGGAGGGAGGGGCAGAGAAAAGCUUUAACAGUGAUUGAGAACAUAACAGUCAUGCCGUAGGGGGUCAACUUCCCAUAAUUCUAGAUCAGUGUGUUAUCUAAGUUCAACUUGUUCGGCGUUUUGGUACAAGACUCAAUGGCGUUGAUAGCAAAAUCCCUUGAGUCCUUGUGAACAUAAAAACCCAAAUCAUUAACUCAUUAAAUACUUCUGUGUCAUUCGAUAAUGACUGGUUCAUUUAAUUUUAUAUUCUAUAAAUACAGAAAUGUAAUUUAUGAGUUUUGUAUCAUUUAUUAACUCCUGACAUCCAUCACAAGCAUUAGUUAGUAAAGAUAUUUAUAUUUCAGCAUUACUAAAUUAUCAUUAUAUAACAGCAUUAGUAAUUACCAUUACAAAACAGUGUUAUUGUUUAUAAUGAGCUUUUCUUCAUCAUGUAAAAAUGUUGAAUAAAAUAAAAGAUGACAUUUGACUCAUUAUUUUUAAAUUUUAGUUUAUUUUAAAUAUUGCUAAUUCACCUUCAAUCAUUAUGUUUUUUAAUAAAAGUUUUAUAUGUAA